AUGGGAGUGGCAAAGAGAACCCGCAAGUUUGGCCAGAUGAAAAGGCUCAUCGGCCAACGCGAUGCCAGACUAAAGAAAAACCAAAUGGCCGGCGAAAUAGAAGCCGCAAAGAAAAAGCAAGAAGAGUCUGCAAAACGAGAAAUCCCCCAAGCCCCCUCCUCCCUCUUCUUCCAAGCCAACACCGCCCUCGGUCCCCCCUACUCCGUCCUCAUCGACACCAACUUCCUCUCGCACACCGUCCACGCCAAACUCGACCUCCAAAAAGCCCUCAUGGACCUGCUGUACGCAAAAGCCACGCCCAUCAUCACAUCCUGCGUCAUGGCCGAGCUGGAAAAACUGGGGCCCAAGUACCGCAUCGCGCUGCGCAUUGCGCGCGACGAGCGCUGGACGCGCCUGCGCUGCGAUCACAAGGGUACGUAUGCGGAUGAUUGCAUCACCGAGCGUGUGCAGAAACAUCGCGUCUAUUUGGUUGCGACCAAUGAUAGGGAUUUGAAGCGUAGGAUUCGAAAAGUGCCCGGUGUGCCGAUUGUCAGUGUGGCAAAGGGCAAGUAUGUUAUUGAGAGGUUGCCGGAUGUGCCUGAUAGUCGGUGA